AUGUCCUCUCAAGUCAUUUAUCCAGCCACUGGUGUGACCAGCACGCCAGACCAGACAUCUAAGCCUGCCCCAAAUGUUUCAUCAACUGAGACUCAACAGCCAAAGGACCAGCUCCCUCAGGACUUGGUAAAUGCUAUGCAAGCAAUCUUUGGCAAGCACCCUGGCUACCGAACAACCCAUGCCAAAGGCCUUCUCGUCGAGGGCACCUUUACACCAACAGAAGAGGCCAAGACGCUCUCCACAGCUGCCCACUUCAACAACCCUUCCACCAAGGUGAUCGCACGGUUCUCUGUUGGCGGCGGUCUUCCUCAUGUUGCAGACGUUGCAGAUGGUGCUACACCCAAGGGCGUUGCCAUCCGCUUCCAGAUUGACGAGAACACUCACACUGAUCUCAUCAGCCACUCAUUCAAUGGAUUCGCAACCCGCAACGGCGAAGACUUCUUGACCUUCCUCAAGCUGUUCGGCGCUGAUGGGUUCACCGAUGCGCAGCUCAAGAAGGCCAAGGCUGGCGGCGGAGACUACUCCAAGGAGCAGAAGGCUUAUGACCAAGCUCACGCUGCUUUUUUGUCUUUCCUUGGAAACCCCGAGCACAAGUCUGCUGCUGUCUUUGUGACCUCUGAGAAGCCUAACCCUCAUAACUACGGCACUAUCACAUAUUACGAGCCCAACACUCAUGUUUUCACCAACAGAGACGGCAAAGUCACAAACGUCCGCUAUCGUCUUGACCCCGCUGAUGGAGAGCACCUCUACCCCAACAAGACUCCUGAGGAUAAGGAAGUGCUUGCGAAGCUAGGCAACGACUACUUGGAGGAUGAUCUCCAACAGCGCUUCCCAGACAAGCCAAUGGUGCUUACUAUCCAAGCGCAUAUUGCCGGCCCUGAUGAUGUUCUGGACGAUGCUACCAUCCCAUACAAGAGCAAGACGUUCAUCCCUGUUGGCAAAUUGGAGAUCAACAAGGUAUCGGAUGAUAAUGCUGCUAAGCAGCAACAGAUCGCAUUCAAGCCUAACCCUGAGAAGGGCGGUAUUGAGGGGAUCAAGUCGUCUAACGACCCAUUGAUUCAAGCACGAAAGGGUGUUUACUGGAUCAGUGCAGAUCAACAUGACCUGAAAACACACCUACGAACUCGCCAGGUUCAAGCGCUCGAGGACCUGCUUUUUCGUAUUAUUGAACGAACAGAGCUUAGUGCCUCUGAGGCUAUAGAGGGUACACAGACGACAGACACCACGGACACAGGAUCCGAUGAGACGGAUUCUCUGUCAGAGACACCUCAGCUAAAACGAGAACCGGUGACACCGGAGGAUAACCUCCAGGUCGAGUCUGACUCCAGCCACAUCAGCGAUUGUGUCAUCGAUCAGUCUGAGAAGGACUUCAUGCAAUUGCUUAAGGAUGGAGACCCGCAGUAUAUCGAUUCGUACAGAGUAUCUACCGAGAAACGCUGUUUCGAAUUGCGUGUAGCUUUUAAAGAGAGAACUGGACAACUUGUCUAUCAUUGGAUUCCAGAGGCCACGGUUCAGAAGUUUGACAAUGCUGCUGUUUGCACAUACUGGCACGCCCGUGUGGGCGCUGACGGAACGCCUGCAGGGCGCCCCUACGACGAAGUCGAUCUUCAAGUUCUCAAGAUCGUUGGAUACAAGGACAGAACCCAAGCAGACUUUUGGGUUCAGACUGUAGGAGAUCCCGUCCUCCACCCUGAUCUCAUACCCAGAAUCGAAAAAUGGUCAGAGGAUCCAGAGGAACCAGAAGGGAAAGCCUUGUUCCGAUACAGGCCUACAUACAUGGCUGUUGCCGAAGUGCGGAACAAAUGGCCCCGCCAAUACGAGCACUGGCUGCACAGGCCAAAACGUCGAGAGGAUCGCAAGGCUCUCCAAGUCCUCUAUGGUCACCGAGAAAACCCAAACUACCAGCGAUUUGAAAUCUCCAGGCUCGCUUUCAACUGGGCUCCGACAUGGUGUGACGAGAGAGUUGUUCAUAAAUCGCACCCUUUUGCUCUUAUUACCUAUUACAAGAGCGAUCCAACUGUGCGAACGGGAGGGGAUAGCACCUUGCUGAUUCCACCCAGACUUUUUAAAAUUGUGCGAUGGCGGAGGGAUGAAGACGGAGAGCUCCUUUUUACCUACCAGAAAAUCGGAGAGUCUGAGCUUGAGGAUGACUUAGAGGAGAGAGAUCUAAGACGUAUGCAAGAGCUUGAUAAGAAGAUGCUUAAUCGUGCCUUCGAAGCGGCGAUGCUUAAUUUCAAGGACAAGCUCAAAGGCCAUAGUUUCUAUGACCAAAUUAUUCAAACGACUAGCAUCGAGCAAGUCUACCAGGACAUCGAAAAGCUUCAAGAAAAGCAGGCAAAGUCCGGCCGGCUUCGCCAUCUGUCUAAGAUUGAACCGUUCCUAGCUCGACUUCGCGAAUACAGUAGUGUCGUUGAGACGUUUGUGCAAGCCAAGCCCGACAUCCUAGCACUGAUAUGGGGCCCGAUAAAGCUUCUCUUGCUAUGGGCCGACGUUCUCAAACAGUCAUUCGAUGCUCUUGUGAACGCAUUGAAAGAGAUCGGAAAUGCCCUGCCUGACUUUUGCGAACUGGCCGAAAUGUUUGCCGGUAACAAUCGUCUGCAAGCCUUACUGGUGCUGUAUUUCCGCGAUAUUCUUCACUUUUACUUGAUUUCUACCAAAUUCUUUAGUAUGCGCCGUCUCAAAGUUAUGUUUGAGAUGCUCUGGCCAGGCCAUAAAGACAGGAUACAGGUCGUAGUAAAACACAUGACAAGCCAUCGCGACCUAUUCAGAAGAGAAGUUCGCAUGGAGGAGAUACGAAGAGCAGACGAAAUGCGAAACCGUGAAAUGCAGCAUUUUGUGCAAACAGAGGAGAAUAACAUCGCACAAGAAUAUGCGAGUCACCGGACCCAUAUCUCACCUAAGAGCUACGAUGGUGAUUUAUAUCGUUUUAGCGAAUCUGUUUGCGAUGGAACCGGGAAGUGGCUCUUCCGGGACGAAUCAUUCCAAAACUGGCUCGCUGGUAAAGAGAAGUCAAAGCCUAUUCUGUGGCUACGUGGUAUCCCAGGAGCUGGAAAGACGCUGCUCGCAAGUAGCGUCAUUAAGCACACUCAGUCAUUGAAUGGCACCCAUACCGUGUUUGCAUUUCUCACAUACAUGGACUGUCACAUUUCCGCGCUCUCUAUCCUCCAUUCAUUAAUCUUCCAGUUAGCCUCUACAUCCCUAUCUCUAAAGACAAUGUUAUGCCAAUCAGACCUCCAACACCUUGGAAGCGAUAUGAAAAUUGCCAAAACCCUUUUUCAAACACUCAUACAAAGUGCAGGCGUCGUUCGAGUCAUCAUUGAUGGCUUAGAUGAGAUCGAAUCUAAACAACGCUCAACGCUGAUCAACGAGCUCGUGAGACUAAGCGGUCAAUGUGAAGAGUGUCACAUCAUGUUAAGUAGCCGUGCCGAAAGCGACAUCUCUCGCGAUUUGGACGGCAAGACUACGGAUCUACAGGUCGACAAGAAUAACGCUGGUAGUAUCCAGGUUUUCGUCAACCGAACUAUGGGAGAAUGGUUCAAAGAGAGAGGCUUCAUUCCAGAAGUGCAAGACCAGCUCCAGGGCUGGGCUGCACCACUAGCAUUCCAUGCAAAAGGAAUGUUUCUUUACGUUAAGAUUAUUUUCAGGAUAAUAUACUACAUCAACGAUAUUGAGGACAUCCAAAAUGAACUCGAACAUCUCCCGACAUCGCUAGAGGAGGCUUAUGGCAGAGUUCUGCAAUACAUCAACUCUCCCAAGGACCCACAAAGAGGGAAAAUCGCUCGCUCGAUACUUGGUUGGGUUGGAUGUGCCCCGACACCAGUAACACUGAAAGAAAUCGAGCAGGCAUUGCUAAUUGACCCCAAACUCCCUUUCAAGCUACCAAAGGUUAAAGCGGGAGUCAAUGUGGUACAGAUCUGCGGCCCGAUUAUCGAUGUAGUGGAUGGUUAUGUCCAAUUCGUCCAUUUCACUGUUCGAGAAUACAUCUUCAACUGCAAUGUUCCGAACUCCAUCUCUCUCUCUGAGACAACACUUGAUUUGGCUAUUCGCUGUCUGGUGUAUAUGUGCCAGAACCACCACGACCCAGAUCUCACAGAGGAUGAAAUUGACGCCAACAUACUUUGGGGGGCAUAUCGCUUGCAUCACUUCUCCUCAAGCUGCUGGCUUGGCUUGAUCUACGGGUAUUUAACUUUGUCUGGCUCACAAGCCAUACCCGAUACGCUUAUCGAUCAGCUGAGAACACUGGUCGAGACACGAUCGUCAGAUAAGUACAUUAAGAGUAACCAAAGCAAAAGUUCUUUACACCCAGCAAUUCUGGGCCUGGAGAAUCAGGAGCCUGCUCUGGUAGAGAUGCUGAAGGGUAGUGACGACUUUCAGACAUCAUCGUCUAAGUCGGAAUUUCGGAUCAACAAUACGGAGCAGUGGUUUCAUAGCAGCCCGCUUUCUCUUCCGGAAAUUUCAGUUGCUCUCCAUGAGCGACUGGAUUUCCUCAAUGAUAACAAUCUUUUCGUUACGAAAUCACUUUCUUACCAUUAUGGACCCAAGUACUUCAGAUCUCGCCGAGCUCACGAAAAGAAUCACCAGAAGCCAUGGAACUGCAACUUCCCAGGCUGCCGAUUCGCAACCCAAGGCUUCAUCUCACAAAAGAUGAGAGAUGAGCAUUUAGAAAAUGGCCACUCACAUGUUGUGGAUCCUGGCAUGUCAACAAAUACCCGCCUUCAAAAGAUUGGAGACCAAGAACUCCAACCUCUGAUCUUUGAUCUGAUUGAAACCGACAGGGUGGAGAUUAUUACGGUACUGAUGCCUCGGUUGCGCAACUUAAAUCGAUUGGUGCAGACAGAGAUCGCCAUCCAUGCUGCCAAAAUGGGUUCCCAUGCAAUCCUACAACUGUUCAAGGACUCUGGUUUACUCACCGGAGCAUUCUAUACACCCAAUAAUCUAAAUUGGUUAAAUUUUGGUGAUUUGGCCCAGAUGGCAAUACGAUGUGACAGUGUCGGCUUGUCCAAAAUUAUCCUAUGCUGGGUCACGACACUGCACUUGUCAACAUUGUCAAGACAUGAAAUCAUCGACUUUCGAAAAGCAGUAAAGAAAAUCAUCAGAGCCAUAAUAGAAUUGGAGUCCGAGGAUAUAUUUGAGCUAUGGAACCCAAUACUAGCCUCAGGACUUGGUGUUAAGUACAACACCGUGCAUGUUGAGAAAAUGUUCAAGUCUCGAGGUACUAUAGCUACCACUGACAAUAUCCCGGGCCGUGAACGUAUUCUGCUGAGGAUUUGGGAAAGGCUCAAGGUAUUCGAUACACUAAAAGCGGAAGAACGUGACACAAUUCUUCGCAACAUCGCCGAUUCUAGCUGUUCCAUCAAUCUGGCGCGUUAUGCCAUCCAACAUGGCUGCGAAGUUAACGGCAAGGCCCAGGAGUACACUCCAACAGCCUUGCAAUUUGCAGCAAGAAAGACCACACAACAAGCAGCAGAUCUCAUGAAGUUCCUACUUCUUCAAGGAGCAGAUCCCAACAUGGGGGUGGCGAGAAGAAGGGAAUUGGCAAAAACCAUGAUAAGGGACGAAAAGGGGGCAGGAGAAAUCUCAAAGUGGCUCGGGCUGACUUGGGACGAGUUAGUUGAGAAAACUACAGAGGAACGCCGAAGAAAUAAAGAAAAGGAAACCGAAGGCUCCCACAGUGAUUGA